CGCCGCCAAGCGUACUCAUUCCGAAACAGGCAGCCGUCGAGAGCGCACGAAAUAUUGGGUUGGAAAAGCAGAACACGAAUAUAACGUACUUCGAUCGAUCAACUGUCUAAACACAAUUGGCGAAAGUAACGUCGAGAAACACAUGAGAAUUGUAUUAUAUUAAUAUUCAAGUGUCAUUUAAUCAUUUUGUCAACUCGAGAUCGUCAAGUGUUUGUUUAUUAAAACGUUUUCACGGCUGUAUUUCUUGAGAUUUGAACCUUCCAGAAGGCAGAGUGCAUCACGAACUAUCGAGAUGGCGUUUAUGAUGCCCGUAGUAAAAAAUGAGUGGGAUAUUUACAAGACAAACCGCAGCCGACGUUCAUCCGAGUGCUCUAAUCCUCAAACAUGUCGAAGCCGGAAGGUGUCGGAGUGUUCUAAAUCAGAAGGACCAUCGCUAUCGACUUCACCUGGUUCUGAUUUUCUGACUUCACCAGCACACCGUUCAGUUGCAGUAUCCUCUCGACAUUUCUCGAGAACAUCUUCUAGGGCAUCACAGAGCUCUCUCCAGAGUCCAUGCAAAAGUACAGGUUCGUCGCCACCGAAGACUGGUAGUUCCAACUCCCUGAAUAAAUUUCACAAUCGACUUGUGGAUAAACUUAAAAGAUCCUUAAAAAAGGCAGAUGACCGUUCGGAGGACCAGAGAAACUUGUCGUGAAACAAUCAAGGGGUUUUGGGCCGUCCACCUGCGUUCGGCUCGAAACCGCUCGUGGUCCGACGCACCUCAGCACCUACAUCUGCAGAAACCGUGGGAAGCAGAGGCGUGGUGACCAGAUCAUGCCCCGAUCAGUCCGCAGCCUGGUGAUUUCUCCG